AUGCGCAAUAACAAGUUUGAGACUCCUCUGGACCUGGCCGCGCUCUAUGGGAGGCUGGAAGUCGUGAAGAUGCUCUUGAAUGCUCACCCCAAUCUUUUAAGCUGCAACACGAAGAAACACACUCCCCUGCACUUGGCAGCUAGGAAUGGUCACAAAACUGUAGUCCAUGUCCUCCUGGAUGCUGGCAUGGAUAGCAACUAUCAGACUGAAAAAGGCAGUGCUUUGCACGAAGCUGCUUUGUUUGGCAAGACAGAUGUGGUACAAAUAUUGCUGGCUGCAGGUAUUGAUGUGAACAUAAAGGAUAACAGAGGCCUGACAGCUCUGGAUAUUGUGAGGGAACUUCCUUCUCAGAAAAGCCAACACAUAGCAGCUCUCAUUGAAGAUUACACGAUUGGGAAGAAAAGUGCCAAAGCUGCAGAGAAGACUGUUCAAGCACCGCUUGUUCCAGCCACUGAUCCUGUGUGCCGGGUAUCUCAGGGUGAUGUGGAAAAAGCAGUUACAGAACUGAUCAUAGAUUUUGAUGUGAACCCAGAAGAGGAGAGCCCGUAUGAAGCUUUAUACAAUGCAACGUCCUGCCAUUCCCUGGACAGCCUUGCCAGUGGGAGAUCUUCAGAUCGAGAGUCUGUGAAUAAGGAAGCGGAAUCAACUGGUCUCAAAGUAGCAGGAGUCAGGCCUAGAGAACGUCCACCCCCGCCUGCCAAGCCUCCACCUGAUGAAGAGGAGGAUCAGCAUGUGGAGAAGAAGAUAGGCCAUGGUGCUUCCUGUGAGGCCUCUGUUGCACGAGGAAAGAGCAGGGGAAGUGGAGCUGAGGAAGAGGAACACCCUUACGAGCUGUUGCUUACAGCAGAAACUAAAAAGCCAGUUGCGGUGGAUAGGAAAACAAAAGACCACAGGAGGAGCAUCCGCAGCCAGGACUCUGCCGACGGCCAGGACAUCCAGGUUCCAGAGCAGUUUUCAGGGUUGCUUCACGGUUCUUCCCCGAUCUGUGAGAUAAGUGAGGACCCUUUCAGGCUCGUUUCCUCCGCGGAGAAAGGAGGCACAGAAGCUACAAGCCACCCACCUGCUAUGCAGCUGGAGGAUGCUGACUUACCUGCCUCUGGAUCAGUACGGACCAGCUCUCCGGACCAAAACCAGAAAGUGGUCUACGCAACCAUCCAGCACACGCACGUCAACCGGGCGGAUCCUGAAACUGUAGUCACGCCCCACGUGCUACAGCACCCCGGCGGUGCUGAGGAAGAGGGGGACAGAGCUGUGGGCAGAGCCCACCCAGGGAGCAAGCCCAAAGCCGAGCUUAAACUCAGCCGCAGUUUGUCCAAAUCGGACUCUGAUCUUCUGACCUGCUCUCCGACAGAGGACGAUGCCAUGGGGAGCCGGAGCGAAUCACUCUCAAACUGCAGUACUGGGAAGAAGAGGCUGGAGAAGUCCCCGUCCUUUGCUUCGGAGUGGGAUGAGAUUGAGAAAAUCAUGAGUUCCAUCGGGGAAGGCAUUGACUUUUCUCAGGAGCAGCAGAGGAUCUCAGGUUCGCGGAUGCUGGAGCAGAGUGUCGGGGAGUGGCUGGAGUCCAUUGGCCUGCAGCAAUAUGAGAGUAAGCUGCUUUUGAACGGCUUUGAUGAUGUCCGCUUCCUGGGCUGUAAUGUCAUGGAAGACCAGGACCUUCGGGACAUCGGGAUCGGUGACCCGCAGCACCGUCGGAAGCUCCUCCAGGCUGCUCGCUCCCUCCCGAAGUUGAAACCCCUGGGCUGCGAUGGGAACAGCCAGCCUUCGGUUCCCGCAUGGCUCGACUCUUUGGGGCUGCAGGAUUAUGUUCAGUCCUUCCUCUCGAGUGGCUACAGCUCUAUUGACACUGUGAAAAACCUCUGGGAGCUUGAAAUAGUAAACGUGAGUAUUGCCUUUCUCUUGUGUUGAAAUUUUUUUUUCAUCGCCUCCCUGGCAGACAGACCGUAUGAGGAGCCACCAGCAAAACCGCCGCGGUUCUCGCAGCUGAGAUGUCAGGACUUGAUGUCCCAGACAUCGUCGCCCCUGAGCCAGAACGACUCCUGCACGGGCAGAUCUGCCGAUCUCCUGCUGCCCUCCGGGGACACCGGGAAGAGGCAACAUGACCGUGGCACCGAGGUUGCUCCCUAUUCCAGAGCUGAGCGCUACAAAGCACAGGAGGACCGUCGGGAGUCAAAGCUGACCCUGCGCCCCCCCAGCCUAGCUGCCCCGUACGCCCCAGUCCAAAACUGGCAGCACCAGCCGGAGAAGCUCAUCUUCGAGUCCUGCGGGUACGAGGCCAACUACUUGGGCUCCAUGUUGAUCAAAGACCUCCGAGGGACAGAGUCUACGCAGGACGCCUGUGCCAAGAUGAGGAAAUCCACAGAGCAUAUGAAGAAGAUCCCGACCAUAAUACUGUCCAUCACAUACAAGGGGGUGAAGUUCAUCGAUGCCUCUAACAAGAAUGUCAUUGCUGAGCACGAGAUCCGGAACAUCUCCUGCGCUGCUCAGGACCCCGAGGAUCUCUGCACGUUCGCCUACAUCACCAAGGACCUGCAGACCAGCCACCACUACUGCCACGUCUUCAGCACUGUGGAUGUGAACCUGACGUACGAGAUCAUCCUCACGUUGGGGCAGGCGUUCGAGGUCGCCUACCAGCUGGCGCUCCAAGCCCAGAGAGCGAAGCCUCUGGGUGCUGCAGCAGGAGAAAUGAUCGAAACAAAAUCUUCCAAACCGGUGCCUAAACCGCGAGCCGGCAUGAGGAAAUCUGCACUGGAGCCUCCUGAAGUGGACCAAGACUCCCAGUCUCAUGCCAGUGUCUCCUGGGUCGUGGACCCCAAACAGGACUCCAAGCGGACCCUCAGCACUAAGUAUGAGACCACUAUCUUCUAA